AUGGGCGACGCUCUGAUGGCCGAGUUCGGGAAAGCCGCUCCGUACCUGAGGAAAUCGGACAAGGAGCGUCUGGAGGCCCAGACCAGGGCCUUCGACAUAAAGACCGAGUGCUUCGUGGUGGACGACAAGGUGGAGUACAUGAAGGGACAGAUCCAGAAGAAAGAGGGCGGCAUGGUGACGGUGAAGAAGGAGGAUGGCACCACGGCCAACGUCAAAGAGACCGACGUCCACCCUCAGAACCCCCCCAAGUUCGAUAAGAUCGAGGACAUGGCCAUGUUCACCUUCCUGCAUGAGCCGGCGGUGCUGUUCAACCUGAAGGAGCGCUACGCCGCCUGGAUGAUCUACACCUACUCCGGCCUCUUCUGCGUCACUGUCAACCCUUACAAGUGGCUCCCCGUCUACGACUCCGAGGUGGUGGCGGCGUACCGUGGCAAGAAGAGGAGCGAGGCCCCGCCCCACAUCUUCUCCAUCUCGGACAACGCCUACCAGUACAUGCUGACCGACCGGGAGAACCAGUCCGUCCUCAUCACCGGAGAAUCCGGCGCCGGGAAGACGGUCAACACCAAGCGGGUGAUCCAGUAUUUUGCCAGCAUCGCCGCCGUCGGAGGCGGCGGCAAGAAAGAUGCCAGCAAGGGGACCCUGGAGGACCAGAUCAUCCAGGCCAACCCGGCACUGGAGGCCUUCGGGAAUGCCAAGACUCUGAGGAACGACAACUCGUCCAGGUUCGGAAAGUUCAUCCGGAUUCACUUUGGCACCAGCGGAAAGUUGUCGUCCGCCGACAUCGAGACAUACCUGCUGGAGAAGUCCAGGGUCACGUUUCAGCUGAAGGCCGAACGGAACUACCACAUCUUCUACCAGAUCCUGUCCAAUCAGAAGCCAGAGCUGCUGGACAUGCUGCUGAUAACCAACAACCCGUACGACUACUCCUACAUCUCCCAGGGUGAGGUGACGGUCGCCUCCAUCAAUGACGCCGAGGAGCUGAUGGCCACCGACAGCGCCUUCGACGUGCUGGGCUUCACGCCGGACGAGAAGAUGGGCGUCUACAAGCUGACCGGCGCCAUCAUGCACUACGGCAACAUGAAGUUCAAACAGAAGCAGCGCGAGGAGCAGGCCGAGCCCGACGGCACCGAGGCCGCCGACAAGUCCGCCUACCUGAUGGGGCUGAACUCGGCCGACCUCAUCAAGGGGCUGUGCCACCCCCGGGUCAAGGUCGGCAACGAGUAUGUCACCAAAGGCCAGGGCGUGGACCAGGUGUACUACGCCAUCGGCGCGCUGGCCAAGUCCGUGUACGAGAAGAUGUUCAACUGGAUGGUGGUGAGGAUCAACCAGUCCCUGGACACCAAGCAGCACCGGCAGUACUUCAUCGGCGUGCUGGACAUCGCUGGGUUCGAGAUCUUCGACUUCAACACCUUCGAGCAGCUCUGCAUCAACUUCACCAACGAGAAGCUGCAGCAGUUCUUCAACCACCACAUGUUCGUUCUGGAGCAGGAGGAGUACAAGAAGGAGGGCAUCGACUGGGAGUUCAUCGACUUUGGCAUGGACCUGCAGGCCUGCAUAGACCUGAUCGAGAAGCCUCUGGGGAUCCUGUCCAUCCUGGAGGAGGAGUGCAUGUUCCCCAAGGCCAGCGACCAGACCUUCAAGUCCAAGCUCUACGACAACCACCUGGGCAAGAACAAGAUGUUUGAGAAGCCGCGGGCGGCCAAGGGGAAGGCCGAGGCGCACUUCGCGCUGGUGCACUACGCCGGCACGGUGGACUACAACAUCUCCGGCUGGCUGGUGAAGAACAAGGACCCGCUGAACGAGACGGUGGUGGGGCUGUUCCAGAAGUCGUCCCUGAAGCUCCUCAGCCUGCUCUUCUCCAACUACGCCGGAGGCGAGGGCGGAGACAAGGGGGCCGGGAAAGGAGCCAAGAAGAAGGGCUCAUCCUUCCAGACGGUGUCAGCGCUGCACCGCGAGAACCUCAACAAGCUGAUGAACAACCUGAAGACCACGCACCCGCACUUCGUCCGCUGCCUGAUCCCCAACGAGAGGAAGACACCAGGCGUCAUGGACAACUGCCUGGUGAUGCACCAGCUGCGCUGCAAUGGCGUCCUGGAGGGGAUCCGCAUCUGCCGGAAGGGCUUCCCCAACCGCGUGCACUACGGCGACUUCAAGCAGCGCUACAGGAUCCUGAACGCCUCGGCCAUCCCGGACGGUCAGUUCCUAGACUGUAAGAAGAGCGCCGAGAAGCUGCUGGGGACGCUGGACAUUGACCACACGCAGUACAAGUUCGGACACACCAAGGUCUUCUUCAAGGCCGGCCUCCUGGGGACGCUGGAGGAGAUGCGGGACGAGCAGCUGUCCCGGAUAAUCACCCGGAUCCAGGCCAAUGCCCGCGCCCUCCUGAUGAGGGCGCAGUUCGCCCGCAUGGUGGAGCGGCGCGAUGCCCUGAUGGUCAUCCAGUGGAACCUGCGCUCCUUCCUGGGGGUGAAGAACUGGCCCUGGAUGAAGCUCUUCUUCAAGAUCAAGCCGCUGCUGAAGAGCGCCGAGUCGGAGAAGGAGAUGGCCACCAUGAAGGACGAGUUCAACAAGCUGAAGGAGGCGCUGGAGAAGUCCGAGGCCCGGCGGAAGGAGCUGGAGGAGAAGAUGGUGACGCUCCUGCAGGAGAAGAGCGAGCUGGCACUGCAGAUCCAGUCGGAGCAGGACACCCUGACGGACGCCGAGGAGCGCUGCGAGCAGCUCAUCAAGAGCAAGAUCCAGCUGGAGGCCAAGCUGAAGGAGACGGCCGAGCGGCUGGAGGACGAGGAGGAGCUCAACGCCGACCUGACCGCCAAGAAGCGUAAGCUGGAGGACGAGUGCUCCGAGCUGAAGAAGGACAUCGACGACCUGGAGCUGACGCUCGCCAAGGUGGAGAAGGAGAAGCACGCCACGGAGAACAAGGUGAAGAACCUGACGGAGGAGAUGGCGUCGCAGGACGAGACCAUCGCCAAGCUCACCAAGGAGAAGAGGGCCCUGCAGGAGGCGCACCAGCAGACCCUGGACGACCUGCAGAGCGAGGAGGACAAGGUCAACUGCCUGACCAAGGCCAAGGCCAAGCUGGAGCAGCAGGUGGACGAUGUGGAGGGCUCGCUGGAGCAGGAGAAGAAGGUCCGGCUGGACCUGGAGCGCUGCAAGAGGAAGCUGGAGGGGGACCUGAAGCUGGUCCAGGAGUCCCUGAUGGACCUGGAGAACGACAAGCAGCAGUUGGAGGACAGGCUGAAGAAGAAGGACUUCGAGGUGGCGCAGGUGAGCGGCAGGCUGGAGGACGAGCGGGCGGCGGCGGUCCAGCUGCACAAGAAGCUGAAGGAGAACCAGGCCCGGAUGGAGGAGCUGGAGGAGGAGCUGGACGCCGAGCGCGCCGCCCGGGCCAAGGUGGAGAAGCAGCGGUGCGACCUGUCCCGGGAGCUGGAGGACAUCAGCGAGCGCCUGGAGGAGGCGGGCGGAGCCACGUCGGCCCAGGUGGAGCUCAACAAGAAGCGGGACGCCGAGUUCCAGAAGCUGCGGCGGGAGCUGGAGGAGUCCACCCUGCAGCACGAGGCCACCGCCGCCGCGCUGCGCAAGAAGCACGCCGAUGCCGUGGCCGAGCUGGGCGAGCAGAUCGACAACCUGCAGCGCGUCAAGCAGAAGCUGGAGAAGGAGAAGAGCGAGCUGAAGCUGGAGCUGGACGACCUGGCAUCCAGCAUGGAGGCCGUGGCCCGGGCCAAGUCCAGCAUGGAGAAGCUGUGCCGGUCCCUGGAGGAUGGCGCCAAUGAGUACCGGAGCAAACACGAGGAGAGCCAGCGCGCCGUCAACGAGCUGACCACGCAGCGCGCCAAGCUGCUGGCCGAGAACGGCGAGCUGGGCCGACGGCUGGAGGAGAAGGAGUGCCUGGUCUCGCAGCUGACCCGGGGCAAGACCUCCUCCGCCCAGCAGGUGGAGGACCUGCGGCGCCAGCUGGAGGAGGAGCUGAAGGCCAAGACCGCCCUGGCCCAUGCCGUGCAGUCCGCCCGCCACGACUGUGACCUGCUGCGCGAGCAGCUGGAGGAGGAGCAGGAGGCCAAGGCCGAGCUGCAGAGGGCGCUGUCCAAGUCCAACGCCGAGGUCUCGGCCUGGAGGACCAGGUACGAGACGGAUGGCAUCCAGAGGACCGAGGAACUGGAGGAGGCCAAGAAGAAGCUGGUGCAGCGGCUGCAGGAGGCCGAGGAGGCCACGGAGGCCGUCAAUGCCAAGUGCUCCUCCCUGGAGAAGACCAAACACCGGCUCCAGAACGAGAUCGAGGACCUGAUGCUGGACCUGGAGCGGUCCAACGCUGCCUCGGCCGCUCUGGACAAGAAGCAGCGCAGCUUCGACAAAGUGCUGGCGGAGUGGAAGCAGAAGUGGGAGGAGUCUCAGAGCGAGCUGGAAGCGUCACAGAAGGAGGCGCGCGGCCUGAGCACCGAGCUCUUCAAGAUCCGGAACGCCUACGAGGAGAACUUGGACCAGCUGGAGACUGCCAAGAGGGAGAACAAGAACCUGCAGGAGGAGAUCUCCGACCUGACCGACCGGCUGGGCGAAGGCGGCCGGAGCGCGCAUGAGCUGGAGAAGAUCCGCAAGCAGCUGGAGCAGGAGAGGGCGGAGCUACAGGCGGCGCUGGAGGAGGCCGAGGGCUCGCUGGAGCACGAGGAGAGCAAGGUCCUGCGGGCCCAGCUGGAGCUCAGCCAGCUGAAGGCCGACCUAGAGCGCAAGCUAUCCGAGAAGGACGAGGAGACGGAGACGGCCAAGAGGAACUACCAGCGCAUGCUGGACUCGCUGCAGGCCUCCCUGGAGGCCGAGACCCGGAGCCGCAACGAGGCGCUGCGGGUCAAGAAGAAGAUGGAGGGCGACCUGAAUGAGAUGGAGGUGCAGCUGGGCCAGGCCAACCGGCAGGCGGCCGACGCCCAGAAGCAGGCCAGGACCCUGCAGGCCUUCCUGAAGGAUGCGCAGCUGCAGCUGGACGACGCGCAGCACGCCGGCGACGAGCUGCGGGAGAACACCGCGCUGCUGGAGCGCCGCCACACCCUGCUGCAGGCCGAGCUGGACGAGCUGCGCGCCGCGCUGGAGCAGACCGACCGCAGCCGCAAGCUGGCCGAGCAGGAGCUGGCCGACGCCGCCGAGCGCGCGCAGCUGCUGCACGCCCAGAACGCCGGCCUCCUCAACCAGAAGAAGAAGCAGGAGGCCGACCUGCUGCGCCUGCAGGCUGAGCUGGAGGACGCCGUCCAGGAGAACCGCAACGCCGAGGACAAGGCCAAGAAGGCCAUCACGGACGCCGCCAUGAUGGCCGAGGAGCUGAAGAAGGAGCAGGACACCAGCGCGCACCUGGAGCGCAUGAAGAAGAACAUGGAGCAGACCAUCAAGGACCUGCAGCAGCGGCUGGACGAGGCCGAGCAGGUCGCCUCGAAGGGCGGCAGGAAGCAGCUGCAGCAGCUGGAGGCCCGCCUCCGUGAGCUGGAGGCGGAGCUGGAGGCGGAGCAGAGGAGGGGCGCCGAGGCCACCAAGGGCGUCCGCAAGUAUGAACGCCGCGUCAAGGAGCUUACCUACCAGACCGAGGAGGACCGCAAGAACCUGUCCCGCCUGCAGGACCUGGUGGACAAGCUGCAGCUGAAGGUCAAGUCCUACAAGCGCGCCGCCGAGGAGGCGGAGGAGGCCGCCAACGCCAACACGGCCCGACUGCGCAAGCUGCAGCACGAGCUGGACGAGGCCGAGGAGCGCGCCGACACGGCCGAGGCCCAGGCCAACAAGCUGAGGGCCAAGACCCGGGACGGGGCCUCCAAGAAGGGCCUGGACGAGUGA